UUUUACCCUUUCAACGUCAACGAACUGGUGCCUUUCCACACUUUUCUAUCCUCCCUUGCGUCCUCUAUCAUACAUAUCGUCUGUUGAAUACCGAGCAUCAACAUGUCCUGGCAAGCCUACGUUGAUGACAACCUCGUUGGUACGGGCAAAAUAUCGCGUGCUGCAAUCCUUGGGCUGCAAGGUGGCGUAUGGGCUUCGUCAGCCGGAUAUAACCUAACGGCAGAGGAGCAGAAGGCUGUCGUGGACUCAUUUGCCCGCCCAGAUGAGGCACAAGCCCACGGUGUCAAGCUAGCUGGUCAAAAGUUCUUCACGCUGCAGGCAUCCGACCAGCAUGUGUAUGGAAAGAAAGGUGCCGAUGGGUGCGUCCUGGUGAAGACGAAGCAGGCUGUACUGGUUACCGAAUACACUGCGCCCAUUCAAGCUGGCGAAGCGACAACAAUUGUCGAGAAGCUUGCAGACUACCUUAAAUCGGUCAAUUACUAGACAUUUUAUGUCAUCAGUCCCCAUUGUUCCGUUUAUUUAGUACCUUCACUCCUGAGGACAACUGGGUCGGGAUGACUUUCUUCUUCAAGUGCAUUUCCUUUCAUAUAAGACUUGACCUUCAAAGAAUAAGUGUAUGGGUGUAGGAGACAUAUAUACUCUUCAGAAGCUUUUUGUAGCUAAUAAAACUAACUGAACGUGAA